AAAAAGAGCAGUCCGCGGAGCAGUCCUCAAGUUCAGAAGUUUAUUUCGCGAGUUAGCAGUUUAAGAGAUAAGUGACACUUCAGGGAAAAAGAAGCAGAGAUGUCUCAGAUAUUGAGGAUUGCUUUAUGUCCAGCUCCAUUUCAAAAACCAAAGAAGAAAGGUGAGAAAAAGAAAGACAAGAAGUUGGCUGGAUCACAGUUCCAGGACAUUCUUCCUAGCUCACUAAUGGUCGACACCACUCGAUCCCAAAGCAUCUCGGGGAGGCCCAGCAGCAUCAGCCCAAGGAGCUCAAUGUCUUCAGGGAGCCCCCAGCAGCCUCUCCGCUCAGCUUACAGCCAUCAUGGAGACAUAAGAGCUGUAGUUGUACCCCAACAAUGCAACAACUGCGGGGCCUCUUCUUCUAGUGGUGCCUGCUGUAGAGGAGUGCCUCCUCCUCCAACUCCUUCUUACGGUGGAAGCGGCUACCAGUCAGAGUAUGGCGGCUAUGGCAGCUAUGCUGGUGGAUUCGAGACACAGAUACUAGCUAGAGCUACCAAGGACCGACCAGCAAACCUGAGGAUGACAGCAGUGAGGGAUUACUCUCCCGGCUGUAACGAGGAGCUUUCUGUCCGCAAGGGACAGCGAGUGCGGGUCAUGUACAGGAACCAUGACUGGGUCUUUGCCGUCACAAAGCAUGGCAGCUCUGGCUUUAUCCCUUUCUCUUACGUGCGUCCUUCUAGGAAGUACAAUGGCUACCAGAGCGAGCCAGAGAUAGCUCGAGUUGACGAGCCAUAUGUCUCUGGAUAUGACACGGAUGCAACCAGCUUUCCCUUUCCACCCCAGCCUCAAUUUAGGCAUCCUUCCCGCCAUGGGCCUGCUCCUUCUCCUCAGUCUUACACCAUCAACACCAGUUGCAGGCGAGUAGGGAGUGGAUCACCAGUACAAGCACAUGUGGAUAGAGUGUUUGAUUCAGGCUACAUGUCAGCAGUCGAAGGAUCAGCUUACUACCACAGUCAAGCAAGAUCGGCUCCUUCAAGGUAUCGACCCACUACUUUAAAACCUUCCGUCGACUCGUUUGGAAAGGAAUUUAUAGAGGAGCUUGUUGUCAUACACGAU